AUGUCCAUGUCAGCUGCGUCGAACGAAGUCAUCAUUCUGAUUGCGCAGCAAUUACAAUCGCAAGCAGAUCUCGCUGCGCUGGUGCAGGUUAACUGCCGCCUCAAUCACCUUAUAAAGCACAUCUUAUAUCAAUACAACCUACAGCAACGGAACGGGGAUGGUAUUCUCCAGGCAGCCAGGCUAGGAUUAACCCCUGCGGUAGUCCAAUUUAUCAAAGAAGGAUACCCUGUGGAAGACCGACCAAUCCAUGCCGAGGAACACCCAGCACGACCUGGAUUUCUACGGUGGGACCCGUGCUCAUGUCGACUGGAGCAGCCUAUUCUUUGUGCUGCAGAAUAUGGACAUUCGGAGCUUGUGAAAUAUCUUCUACGCGCAGGCUCCGGACCAGAUUUUGAGAACAACCUAGGCGAAACGCCUAUGCAUCUAGCAGCGAAAAACGGGUUCCUCUCGGUUAUCAAGGUCCUGCUCGAAAAAGGCUACACCAUACCAUUCCUCAUGGAUAACGACACCAAAUUCACGUUGGCUCCUAUCAAAGAGGCUGCUUUGAAAGGACAUACGCAUGUGGUCGAACAUUUAUUGUCCUAUGCUCCAAGCCCCCGUGACUAUGCUUCUUCGACCCUUCCAUUUGCCGCUAUUUCCGGUAACAUAGCCUUGGUAUCUAUGCUCCUUGAUCAUGGGGCAGACAUCAACUACAAGUACAUUGAACGCCAUGCUCCUAGGAUGGCUCUAUACCCACACGAUGAACGAGGGCACGUAUCGACUGCUUUAUCAGUAGCAGCCAGACUCGGGCAUCUGGAUCUGGUGACCUUUUUGCUUGCUAACGACUCUGACGUUGAAGUCACAACGGGGGCGUCUAGUCUCUGGGAGACCGCCUUGUACCUGGCAAUUGCGAAAGGCCACGAAGAGGUCGUUGAGGUGCUUUUGGCUCACGGUGCUGAUGUCGAAGGUGGACAUAUCAGUGCUGCUAUUGAGCAACGCAACAAGAAAUCACUAGAGAUGCUCAUCACCAAGUACGGAACCGAAAACUGCCAGACCAAUUUCCUGGAGCUCGCAGCAGAGGCUGGCGACAUGGAAAUAUUCCAGAUCUUAUUCGAUAAAGGCUUCGAAGACCAAGAAAGGGCUUUCCUGAAAGCAAUCGAAUGCGGUCAAGAGGAAAUCGUCGCCCUUCUUCUGUCACGAGGAACAGAUCCUGAUUUACCAACCAUCCGUGAGUGUGCAAUCGGCAAAGCAAUCGUCCAUCGUAAUGUCGGCAUCAUGGAAUUACUAUUAUGCCAUGGCGCUCACAUUUACCCCGAAACCUUACGAGGCGCAAAAACUUUUGCCCCUGGGCAUAUAGCAAAGUUGGCAGAACAGUUUCCUGUGCAUUCCCUCGGGAAGAAGGCCAUACAGAACCCCCUCGUUAUUUGUAUCGCCGUCGUUCCGUGA